CGGUUGCUUCGGGCGUCGUAAAACUCAACAGAAGAAGAAACGGGCGGAAGUUGUCGACACCUCAAAAGGAUUCAGUUUUUAGUAGAAACAUUCCAAAACAAACUGUUAAAACCCUUCAAAGGUGCCAGAAUUCCAAUCAACAGGGGAAUAAAACUUUCAAAAUGCUGAGAGAGUUGAUAAGAGAGCGACUAAUGGCGGCCGCUGACGAAAUAUUCGGACUGGUUGAAAGAACAAUGGCGUCGUACGAGGAGGAACUUUCUCGAACAAGAGAGGAGAAGGAGCGACAUCGGCAACAACUGGAAGCUGUUAGCAAGACUCAGACUGUGCUAGAAGACGUCCAGCAGCUGAUUGAUCGUCAAGAGGAAUGUCACCCUAAGCAGAAGGGGGAGAGCUCUACUUUGAAGCCUGAGAAUCCACAGCCCCAGCACAUUAAAGAGGAAGAGGAGGAACUCUGGAUUACCCAGAAGGGAGAGUGUCGACGAAGGCAGAAGGAAGCUGAUCUCACCAAGUUGCCGCUGACUGUUUUUUCUGUGAAAACUGAAGACUAUGAUGAGAAACCAAAAGCACACAACCUCUUAGCUCCACUCUCAGAUAGUGAUGACACGUCUCACUCUCAUGAGGAUAAAGACAGGGACUACACCCUUUUGAGCAGUGCUACAGACUGUGGAGGUGAAAUGAGGACCCACACUGACAACAGACAUUCUGAAUGCUCUGAGAAGGAGACAGCCAGGAAAAGAGGUCGUUCUGAUAUGUGGGAACACUUCAAUCAAAUUGCUUUAGAUAAGGUCCGGUGCAUGGUGUGUUCAGCUGAGCUAAAGUAUCACGGAAGUACUUCCUCCAUGAUUCGACACUUCGCAGCCAAACAUGGAGCUGCCAAAAACAAGGGGACGGCGAACCAAGUUGACCGAAAGCGUGAGCUGGACGAGGCUCUGGUCAAUAUGAUGGCGAAGGAUUCACGGCCUUUCUCCAUCGUGGACGACAGCGCUUUCAAGGAGUUUGUGGCGUUGCUUGAUCCCACGUACAAGCUGCCAUCCAGAGGGGCUCUCCAGGACAUAUCAUUUGAAAGCAUGAGGAGUAAAAAAAGACCAAAGCUGUGAGCCUUACUGUGGACAUUUGGACUCCCAGCAACUCAUACAGCAGGUAAUGUCACAGCUGCAAUGAACAUCGAGCAUUUUGGUCAAAGUCAACUCCAUGGCGCUGACCAACGGAUGGAAGUUAAACUGAGGCCUGACAUCAUUGCAACCAGUGGUGUAUUAAGUCAUUUAGGGACCCAUGGCAAACCACGUCAUUGCGGACCUCCACGUAACAUUUACCAUUUCUUGGUAGCAACUAACAUGCAAGAUACAUAUUCUAGACAUUUAUCUGUUUGUUUUCUCCUGCUAGUGAGUAUCACUGAUCCCAAAAUUUUACUGUUAUUGAUAGUAUUUCAUCCAUUAAGCCAUUUUUGGACACCACUGUUGGCUAGCACAGUUGGACUAGUGGUCGUAGAGAUGUCCGAUAAUGGCUUUUUUGCCGAUAUUUCGAUAUUGUUUAUCUCUUAAUAGCCAAUACCGAUAUCAACCGAUACCGAUAUAUACAGUCGUGGAAUUAACACAUUAUUAUGCCGAAUUUCGUUGUGAUGCCCCGCUGGAUGCAUUAAACCAGGGGUCGGGAACCUUUUUGGCUGAGGGAGCCAUACAAGCCAAAUAUUUAAAAAAAUAUUUCUGUGAGAGCCAUAUAAUAUUUUGUUUAAGACUGAAUACAACUAAAUGCGUGCAUUUUUAAGUAAGACCAACAUUUUAAUAUAAUAAGUAUAAUAAGUCUCUUAUUCUUUUUAAUAACAUUGUUAUUCUGAAGCUAACCGACAAUAAAUAAAAUAAUUCUUACAUUAAUCCGACUUCUUAAACAGGUGCGGUAGAAACCGGAUGGAUGGAUUAAAAUGCAUGACAAUGAUUUAUAUUUUGAACGUUAUUUUUGACACUGUGAUUACCAGCGUAAUUAUUCAUUACUUAUCGUGUUAAGCACUGUCAGCUAAGAUUUAUCUGAGAGCCAGAUGCAGUCAUCAAAAGAGCCACAUCUGGCUCUAGAGCCAUAGGUUCCCUACCCCUGCAUUAAACAAUGUAACAAGAUUUUCCAAAAUAAAUCAACUCAAGUUAUGGAAAAAAAUGCCAACAUGGCACUGCCAUAUUUAUUAUUGAAGUCAAAAAGUGCAUUUUUUUUUUUUUAACAUGCCUCAAAACCGGAGCUUGGACUUAAGGACAUGCUCUUCCUGUAGCGAGGGUGUAUGUUGUAGUGUCCCCGAAGAGUUAGUGCUGCAAGGGGUUCUGGGUAUUUGUUCUGUUGUGCUUGUGUUGUGUUACGGUGCGGAUGUUCUCCCGAAAUGUAUUUGUCAUUCUUGUUUGGUGUGGGUUCACAGUGUGGCGCAUAUUUGUAUCAGUGUUAAAGUUGUUUAUACGCCCACCCUCAGUGUGACCUGUAUGGCUGUUGACCAAGUAUGCUUUAGUGUGUGUGAAAAGCCGUAAAUAUCAUGUGACUGGGCCGGCAUGCAAAGGCAGUGCCUUUUAAAGGCCUACUGAAACCCACUACUACCGACCACGCAGUCUGAUAUCAAUUAUAAAAUCUUAACAUUGCAACACAUGCCAAUACGGCCGGUUUAGUUUAGUGAAUUGAAAUUUUAAAUUUCGCGCGAAGUAUCCUGUUAAAAACGUCGCGGUCUGAUAACGCGUGCGCGUGACGUUUCGGAUUAUAGCGGACAUUUUGAUCCAGCACCGAUCACAGCUAUAAGUGGUCUGCUUUAAUCGCAUAAUUACACAGUAUUCUGGACAUCUGUGUUGCUGAAUCUUUUGCAAUUUGUUCAAUUAAUAAUGGAGACGUCAAAUAAGAAUGAUGUAGGUGGGAAGCGGUGAAGUGCGGCUGCCUUUAGCAACACAAACACAGCCAGUGUUUCCUUGUUUACAUUCGGCUCACACCGUAGACAUGAGCGGAGAGUUUGCGUCGUUCCUCCUGCAGCUGUGGACUCUUUCCUCCUCCCACGGACUGUUGGAUGUUUACUCCGUGGAGGGGGGAAAAAAAUCUCAGCCCGGCUGCCUUGCCUCGUCGAGAAACGUGGCUUCCCUCGGAGACACUGGCGGUCACCACACCCGUGGCCACACCCCUCCGACUUUCAGGUACGACUAUAUAAUCUCACUAAAACACAAGUAACACAAUAAGCAGAUGAGGGAUUUUCCAGAAUUAUCCUAGUAAAUGCGUCUAAUAACAUCUGAAUCGUUCCCACUGCCCUGUCUUAAUAUUUUUAUUUUUUUCUAGUCCUUCACUCUCAAUUUCCUCAACCACAAAUCUUUCAUCCUUGCUCAAAUUAAUGGGGAAAUCUCCGCUUUCUCGGUCCGAAUCGCUUUCGCUGCUGGUGGCCAUGAUUGUAAACAAUGUUCGGAUGUCAGGAGCUCCACAACCCGUGACGUCACGCGCACAUCGUCUGCUACUUCCGGUACAGGCAAGGCUUUUUUAUUAGUGACCAAAAGUUGCGACCUUUAUCGUCGAUGUUCUGUACUAAAUCCUUUCAGCAAAAAAAAUGGCAAUAUCGCGAAAUGAUCAAGUAAGACACAUGGAACGGACCUGCUAUCCCGGUUUAAAUAAGAAAAUAUAAUUUCAGUUGGCCUUUUAUUGACGCUCUGUACUUCUCCCUACGUCCGUGUACACAGUGGCGUUUUAAAAAGUCAUAAAUUGUACUUUUUUUAAAACCGAUACCAAUAAUUUCUGAUAUUACAAUUUAAAGCAUUUAUUGGCCGAUAAAAUCGGACAUCUUUAACUAUCCUUUAGCUAUCCAUCCAUCCGUCCUCUUCCGCUAAUCCGAUGUCGGGUCGCGGGGGCAGCAGCCUAAUCAGGGAAGCCCAGACUUCCCUCUCCCGAGGCCACUUUGUCCAGCUCUUCCCCGGGGAUCACGAGGCGUUUCCAGGCCAGCCGGGAGAAAACCCAAUGAAAAGAGAGGGUUUUGAGAGGUUCAUAUAAAACGAAUGGCCCCAUCAUAGUGAUUCCCAAAGCCCAAAAAAAGUCUGCGGGCUAUAGAGCGUUUUCUAUUCGGGCUCCAGUACUCUGGAAUGCCCUCUAGGUAACAGUUCGAGAUGCUACCUCAGUAGAAGCAUUUAAGUCUCACCUUAAAACUCAUUUGUAUACUCUGGCCUUUAAAUAGACCUUCUUUUAGACCAGUUGAUCUGCCGUUUCUUUUCUUUUUUGCUCUGCCCCCCUCUCUCUCUUGUGGAGGGGCGGGGGGGGGGGGGGGGGACAGGUCCAGUGGCCAUUGAUGAAGUGCUGGCUGUGCAGAGUCCGAACCCGGGGUGGACCGCUCGCCUGUGCAUCGUUUGGGGACAUCUCUGCGCUGCUGACUUGUCUCCGCUCGGGAUGGUCUCCUGCUGGCCCCACUGUGGACUGGACUCUCACUAAUUUGUUGGAUCCACUAUGGACUCUACUCUCACUAUUAUGUUGGAUCCACUAUGGACUGGACUCUCACUAAUUUGUUGGAUCCACUAUGGACUGGACUCUCACUAUUAUGUUAGAUCUACUAUGGACUGGACUCUCAGUAUUAUGUUAGAUCAACCAUGGACUGGACUCUCACUAUUAUGUUAGAUCCACUAUGGACUGGACUCUCACUAUUAUGUUAGAUCCACUAUGGACUGGACUCUCACUAAUUUGUUAGAUCCACUAUGGACUGAACUCUCACUAUUAUGUUAGAUCCACUAUGGACUGGACUCUCACUAUUAUGUUGGAUCCACUAUGGACUGGACUUUCACAAUAUUAUGCUUUGCCCACUCAACAUCCAUUGCAUCAGUCUCCCUAGAGCAGUGGUUUUCAACCUUUUUUUGGUGAUGUACCCCCUGUGAACAUGUUUUUAAUUCAAGUUUCCCCUAAUCAAAGCAAAGCAUUUAUAGUUGAAAAAAAGAGAUAAAGAAGUAAAAUACAGCACUAUGUCAUCAGUUUCUGAUUUGUUAAAUUGUAUAACAGUACAAAAUAUUGCUCAUUUGUAGUGGUCGUUCUUAAACUAUUUGAAAAAAAAAGAUAUAAAAAUAACUAAAAACUUGUUGAAAAAUAAACAAGUGAUUCAAUUAUAGAUAAAGAUUUCUACACAUAGGAGUAAUAAUCAACUUAAAUUGCCCUCUUUGGGGAUUGUAAUAGAGAUCCAUCUGGAUUCAUGAACUUAAUUCUAAACAUUUCUUCACACAAAAAGAAAUCUUCAACAUCAAUAUUUACGGAACAUGUCCACAAAAAAUCUAGCUGUCAACACUGAAUAUUGCAUUGUUGCAUUUUUUUUUACAGUUCAUGAACUUAAAUUCAGAUUUUGUUGAAGUAAUAUUCAAUAAAUAUAUUUAUAAAGGAUUUUUGAAUUGUUUCUAUUUUUAGAAUAUUUUAAAAAAAUCUUACGUACCCCUUGGCAUACUUUCAAGUACCCCCAGGGGUACGCGUACCCCCAUUUGAGAACCACUGCCCUAGAGGAGAGGUGGGGUUGAGUUUUUCCUUGCUCUGAUGUGGGAUCUGAACCGAGGAUGUAGUUGUGGCUUGUGCAGCCCUUUGAGACACUUGUGAUUUAGGGCUAUAUAAAUAAACAUUGAUUGAUUAAUUUUUAA